AUGGCUCUCUCUCCCAGGUUCUUCCUCCUGCUUCUGCUCUGCCUCGGCGGCUGCGGAGGCCGUAGGGCCCCCUGCGCGGAAGCGCAGGCCGGGGACGCCACCCUGCAACUGGUGCUGGACGACGCCUUCGAGUGGCCGGAGGCCGCUGCCGUCAAUCCGUUCGGGGAACUGGACGGGGAGGGAGGCGACGGUGAGAUCGCCGGCGGCGAUGGCGGCAUGAGAAGAGCCCUCUUCUGGCGGAUGGUCCAUUACUACAUUUCCUACGGCGCCCUCUCCGCCAACAGGGUCCCCUGCCCUCCCCGAUCUGGAAGGUCCUACUACACCCACAACUGUUACCGGGCGCGGAGCCAUGUCAACCCCUACAGUCGCGGCUGCUCCGCCAUCACUCGCUGCCGGAGCUGA